CCACUUUUUCCGCACCAUUAUACUUAAAAAUAUUAGUACAAUUCUCCCUUUUUUUUCACCCUUUCUUCCUUUUCUUUCACCCUUUCUUCUCCCCCUCUUCUCUGAAUAAAACUACCUGAAUCUUCUGUGUUCUCUUCUAGCAAGCUUUAACAAUGGCGUCAUCUUCAUCAGAACAAGAAUCAGAAUACGAAGAAACCUUCAAAAAAGGCACCAUAGUUGAAGUAAGCUCAGAAGACGAAGGUCUUCGAGGUUCCUGGUAUACUGCAACAGUUAUCCGUUCCCUUUCUCGGAAAACCUAUAAAAUAUUAGUAGAAUACCACAAUCUUUUUGCGGAUGAUGCGGGUUCUAAACCUCUUCGUGAAUCUGUUGACGCCAUUUUAGUUCGGCCCAUUCCUCCGCGAGAGCCUCAUCGGGUGUUCUCCCUUAUGGAUGAUGUUGAUGCUUUUCACCAUGAUGGUUGGUGGGAAGGCGUUGUUACUAAAGUUUUUGUUCUAGAACCUUCUAAGAAUUAUUGUUAUUCCGUUUUCUUCCGUUGUUCUCGUGAACAGAUCGAUUUCUGCCCUCAAGAUCUUCGGUUACAUCGUGAGUGGGUCCGCGGGAAUUUGUGGGUCCCGCCUUUGGAACAUCAUUGUGCUUCUCCUUCUUCUGGCGCGAGAAAAAGGAGUGGGGAAGACGGGAGAAAUGGUUAUCAUUUAGCUGGUGAUAUGGAUAGGGGAACGGGGAACGGAAGAGAUGUAAGAAGGAAAAGCGGAAACACUCCAACGAAACAAGGUUUGACGAUGAAUGGAAAUUGCACACUACAAAGGAGGAGCAACAGUCGUAUUAUCAACAAUGGUGCUAGUAAGAAACAAGGAUUGACAACCUAUGGAAACGUUAAAAGAUCAAGGAAGUAGGGUUAAUAACUUUUCAGGUCGACAACUAGCAAAAAGGUGAUGGAUGAUGGUCUCUGUUUUCUUACAAGAGCUUCGUGGAGGACGUUGUGGUUUUGUUGCCUCACCUAUGAUUUCUUGCAGCUUUUGAAGCAUUGCAGGCACCAGAAUUCUAUAAUG